GCGGACGGCACAUAUUUCGUCGUGGAACAGUGACCGCGGGAAUCGCAAGUCGUGUCGCCUUGCACUGCGAGUUGUGAACGUAUACAUACAUACACACACACACACACACGGGGCAAAGAUGCGCACCGUAUACGUGUCGUUGAUACUCGGUGUGGUGUUGCUACAGGCGAUUUGCGUGUCCGCCGGGCCGCCCGACUGGGUGCCCCCGGAAAUGUUGGAGAUGGUUCAAGGUGACAAGGAACGGUGCAUGGCUGAACACGGCACGUCUCAAGACCUGAUCGACCAAGUCAACGACGGACAUCUGUCGGACGACCGUUCCAUAACGUGCUACAUGAAUUGUCUCCUCGACGCGUUCAGUUUGGUCGACGAAGAGGGUGAUUUGGAGGCCGACAUGCUGAUCAGCGUCAUACCCGAGCAGUAUCAGGAGAUAGGCACCAAGCUCUUGACCAAAUGCGCCAAGCAAGACGGCGCGGAUCCGUGCGAGAAGAUAUUCAAGGUAGCGCAGUGUGUCCAAGGAACGGUACCGGAACUGUGGUUCAUGGUGUAAUUCGGCGCACGGAAGGAGUUUGUUAACCCAAGUUUGACGACCAGGAGCGACGACGUUCUCCGAAACAUCCCGCGCGCGACGUUACGACCCGGAGCGGAAAUCGCACGCGGAGGAACGCGAGGUACAAAGAAGUAGCGAGGGAAAAAUCAAGUUACGUAUAAGCCCGAGAAAUGUCACUUGUGUUAUAACAAUAGCGAUUAAUCAUGACGAGUACGCGACACAAGAUCUGUAACGUGAGAAUAAAAUUAUUAUAGCAGA